GGAGCAUCAACAACAGCACGAUUAUGUGCAAACAUUUCUAUCGAAACAUUGAUUGGAGGUCAAACGAUGAACGCAAAUAUUAUGAAAUGCGCAAGCAAGGUAUGAUUGUGAUGAAGCUUCUUUUUUGUAGUCCCAAAUCAAACUUCCCUAGUGUCAAACUAAACAGUGCUACCAUACUUGUUUUCAGAUGACACAACUAUCUAUGAUCCUUCUUUUUCCAAAGAAUUUACAUUUCGUGCCUUAGUCAAUUUGUAGCCUGCGUAGCAAGCGUUUCCGAUCGAAGCAUGUCCCCUCCCCCCUUGGGUAUUUGUCGGACAUUUGUCAAGUCGCCUGAUCCCAUGGGUGGGGUAUUUGUCAUUAAAUUUUGUAGUUAAUGUUGAGGGAUCUACAUCACAUAGCAAGGACCUACAAUGUGGUGUUCCCCAGGGGUUUGUAUUGGGGCCUAUACUGUAUUUGCUGUAUACGUCCCCACUUAAUGACAUCGUAAGAGCCCAUAUCACUUGUAGCAUAUCACUUUUAUGCAGAUGACUCCCAGCUAUACUGCUCUUUCAAGCCUCAAGAUCAGGUCACUUCAGUACGAGCGAUUGAAUCUUGUUUGAAUGACAUUGAUGCAUGGAUGCUUACAAACAUGUUAAAGCUGAAUAAGAAAGAAAAAAACAGAACUCCUAGCGAUUAUCUUGGCGCCGAAAUUAAGCAUCAAUGCUCUGACUCAAAGAUGGGAGGCUUUGGAAAAAUCAUAGUAUUUUAACUCGAAGAAAUAUAAUAGCGGAGCUCCGCGCGCGAAGCGCGCCAGCGGAGCACCAUGGGUAAAUAAAUCUACCCAUCCCAGAAAAUUUGGUAAUCACGUGACCGAGCGACCGAGCGACCGUCCGUCCGCACCACAGGCAUACCAAUGUUUACUCUCACACUUUCUAGCUACUUUGGGAGCCCAGGAGAAAGCUGAUUGCACAUCAAUGUUGUCAUCAAUUGACAGCUGUCAAAACAGGGUAACCAGUAUCACCUGAUCGUAUCACGGGCUCAGGUGUCGACCCAUCAAGGUCGAGUAUUUUUUGAACUUUUCCGCUGACAAUUUACUCGUUUUCAAAUGAUCGCAGGCUCACGUUUACUUUUUAUAAAAUUCAUAUUAAAUAUGUUGUGUUUAUGUCAUUAGUCAGUAUCGCCCCGCACUAUUACGAUUUUGAUUUCAAACUGACUUCAGACGCAAAAAUUCAGCCAGUUUUUUAAAAUACAGGCGGAGAAGACCUUUUCUUACCAUGGUCUCGUGUUGGUCACGCUCCACUUCCAAUUGUUAUGCGGGUGACAGGUCACUUCAUGCGUAAAAUUUAUGCAGCAUCUUGAAAGUUGUUUACUUUGACAGCUGAAGCUGACAGAGUUUUGAGUCAACUUGUGAUGUUUUUAACUGUCUUUUUCCACUGGAUGUACAAAAUGAAAUACAGCUGCUAUCAAGAGUGUUCUGUUAUUCAUGGCUGGUUUGUUUAUCGUCUGUGGUAAAGGGAUGCAAAGUUUAUUCUCAGAGUCUCUAAGGUUAUAUGCCCUUUCUCGUAUUGCAAACUUAGAACAUAAACAUUCUGGAGCCAACCUGUGUUAAGACUUAUAAACCAUCGCGGCUUUUUCAAUUUCAUGCUGGCCCGCUAGAUUUUUCCAUCCUAGGAGCUCAAACGGGUAUCCAGCGUCUUCAUCGUAGUCUAGUCUAGUGAAAACACGGGCUGCUCUAUUUUUUAGGUUUUGAAGUUUGUUCGUUGUGGUUAUCCCACAGUUUCCCCAAACAGUAGUGCAAAAAUUGCAUUGAAGUGAGGGUGAAUAAGAGCUUGAUAAAUUAGUUGUAAGGUCGCUUGGGGGACAUGGUGCCUUACUCGCUUUUAUGGCCCUGAUGCCAGAAGAUACUUUCUUUAUUAUCUUCUCCACAUGGCUAUCCCAAUCGAGAUUAUCAUCGAUAGGCACUCCAAGAGAUUUAGCAGUAGCGACUUGGGUAACUUGAAAAUCAUUAAUUGCAAGUGUAAGGGAAACUGUUACAGUACUUAGCCUCUGCCUAGAUCCGAUUAACAUGAACUCGGUUUUAGUCAUAUUUAGAGUGAGUUUGGUUGCUCUUAGCCAAUUGUGAACAUUUUCUGAGUCUUCGUUUAAACUUGUCUGAAUAUUGUGAAUAUUGCUGCUCGCGUAUGUAAGAUGGGUAUUAUCAGCGUACAUCCGAGGCUUGCAAUUUGACAGGCAGUUGGGAAGAUCGUUAAUUUAUAAUAGAAACAAUAAUGGACCUAAAAUAGUACCCUGAGGGACACCAGGGCUUAAAGAGCAACUGCUAGAGAGGAGACCAUUGCGUGUGGUCCUUUUAAAUAUGACUGAAACCAUCGAUGCGCAGUACCCUUAAUACCGGAGAGGUUUAGUUUUGAUAAAAGGAUCUCGUGGUUCACCGUGUCGAAAGCCUUUUUUAAAUCUAGGAAUACGACAGCAUUGCCUGCCACGGUCAAUAUUAUAUGCCCAAGUAUCCGUGGCCUCAAGAGGAGCCGUCACAGUUAAAUGAAUAGCACGAAAGCCCGAUUGAUAUUUACAGAUGAUGUCAGAUGUCAGAUGAUGUCGUGUUCUUCUUAAAUAGGCAUAUAAUUGAUCAUAGACAAUUGUUUCAAACACCCUGGCAACAACUGAGAUCACAGAAAUUGGGCGAUAGUUGUUACGGUCAUCUUUGUCCUGGAUGAAACACAACAGUACUUAAGAAGAGAUUGCUUGGAAAGCACGGGUGUACCAAACAAAUUGUCAAAGAAAUUGGGUCUCUAAUAGGGGGAGAGAUCAAAGACAGCGACAUUGCUGCAGCACACAAGCUUCCUGACUCUAAGAAAGUUAAAAAUCGCAUGAUUUUUAAAUUUCUACAGAGAGAUAAGAGAGAGGAAGUUUACAAGAAGCGAAAGAAUUUGGUUGAAAAGAGAAAAAAAGCGCUCAAUGAAUUCUUUAUCACGUUGAAGCCUAACUCUUUUAAAAUUUCUUCGCAAAUUUGGUUCUUGUCAAAAGUUAGAACCGGCUGGCCGCAUAGGUGAUUUUGGAAAUUUUUUGUACUGUUUCACUAGAAGUCCACGCGUGCUUCGAUGGUCUUGAAUAUUGAAUGAAUGCAAUUUGUCUUGAAAAUUGUGAAAUACUGCAUUUUGUAGAGGUCUGUAUGAUAAAAACAGCGCCUCAUAGUACUCUUUCUCCUCAGAUGUGGUGUAUAAAAAAUAAAAGGUUGUUUUGCACGCACCCAGAUUUAUUGGCAAGAAUUUGUAAAGUAAACUUGUCGAAUGCAAAAAAUUUGUUUUCCACGCCUUAUCUACUAUGAUCAAGAGCCAUUAUUGCUCUUAAAUGUGACCGAAGACUAUUUUUUGGGUGUACCCAGAUUUAUUGGACAGGCAAGAAUUUGUAAACUUGUCGAACGCAAAAAAUCGGCCUGAUUUGUUUUCCACGCCUUAUCUACUGUGACCAAGAGCCAUUAUAAAAUUGCUUUUAAUUGUGACCGAAGACUAUUUUUUUGAGUGUACAUAUAAGGCUAUAUCAACUCGAUACAAGAUUUGUUUCACUCCAAAAUCACUUAGCUUUUCCCUCAAAAGUCGCAUGAAUGCGCCCUUAAGUUAACUGAUUUGUGGAAUUAUAAGUGUAUUGUUUGAUUUAAAUUAUAAAUUUAUCAAUGGGAGCUUCGCUUUUAGCCGUGCCUAAAUCUAUAUAUUAAAAAUUUGGAGCAUCUUAGGGACAGCCCUAUGAUAGAGACGCGUGGAUACCGUGAUCUGGCGAUUUUCAGGAUACCCUAUGGACUUUGGUUCUGGUAAUAGGGUGUCCAACUGUCGAUCGUGGGACUUUUUGCCGUUCCCAACAAUAGGUUGGUGCGCUUUGAUCGUUCUUUUCUGCACCAGAGUUCACAAUCGCGCAAUGAACUCGAAUAUUUCAUUCUCUCGCCUGCAAUUGGGAGAUACCUUCUUUUUAGAUUGACAUUUUGGAGUGGAGGGCACUACAGAAGGGCUGUUUUGGUGAAUGGAGUAUGGAGUCAUUAUGAUGGGCUGUGGGAGAGGAAUUCCCGAGGGCAGGGACUGAAAAAAUGUACAGGGAAGCCGUCCACUCCAAGUGGCUUCCUCCUCUCUCACUGUGUGUACAUUUUCGAAAAGAUUUUACAUUGAAGUGGCCUGUAUCCUUUGAUCUGUUGUGACUGUAGAAUAAUUUUUUAAAGCAUAAAAACAUAGAUAAUGAAUCAAGAUUUCACUGUUAAAAAAAGCAAUAUUUUUCUGAAAAAAAAAUUCGUGCAGAGGGGUUCACCUAAAAAAAAAUUCCUGCACAAGCAGUGAGCGAAAAAAAAAAAUUCGUGCAAGCUGAAAAUUCCCCACUCCCCCCAUCACUUUUCUAAUGGUCCGUCCUUAGUUCCCUUAAUAGUAAGAAUUAUUUAUGUGGUCGCGCAACGUUUCUCCCGAAAUAUUUCGUAUGAAAUGUGCUGACUUUGCAAAACAGGCAGAGGAUCCUGAGUUACUAUUUCAAAGAUGACUCUUACUCUUAACUCUUCUGCAUCGACCAACUGUUUUAACAUACAGCCGUACCCUGCGAUUUAGGAACGAUUUGAUAUUUCUAAGUAAGACCCUGAUUAAAAGAACCGGGCUGACACACUUUGAUAACAAAGCAACCUCGGUUAGCUGGGAUUUCAGUGUCGAGAUGGUAUAAAAGUCCCCUUGGCUGAAAGUGAACCAACCCUUCAAUUCCCGUCCAGCCCGGUCUUAACUCGAGACAUCGAAAAGCAAGAUCCUAAAAAGGGUGUCAGUUGGCUGGAAAACUCGUCUGCUAAUUAAUGAAAUUACCGAAAACUGCUGAUUAUAAGCCUUAGGCUUAUACAUCUUGACUUGACAUAAGUACGUGGUUUUAGGAGCAGGACUUAUGAACUGAAAGGCUUAUAUCCGAGGGGACUUAUAACAGGAAUAGAAUUAAAGAAGCUAUAGCAGUGCCGGAUUGAAUUACCUUUUGAAUUAACCUGUUUUUAAUUAGGCUUCAUAACAUGAUAAUAAAUCGAAUUCAUUUCAAUAGAUUUGGAAAAGAAUUUGAGGGGUACUUACCGUCAGGAGGGGGCAGAGCUUAUAAGCGAACGUAGUUUUUUUGUUUACAGGUAGCUGGGCCUAUAACUGGGAGUUCUUAUAAGUGUGUGUGUGUGUGUGUUAAGGGAGGAAGGGGUGGGGGGAGUGACGGGAAUUAUUUAUGACUGCGUUGUUUGAUAUUUUAUCCUAUUCUUUUUUAAUUUUUAGUCAUUUUGCGACUCAAAACAAAAACGAGAAAAGUUUUGCAAAGAUACCCUGGACCUGUGGGAAAAGAGUGGGAUUACUGUACGUAAGUGCCUCUACAACUGCUGCUCUGAAGACAGGUGUAACGGACCCCAUGGCUCAGGUUUCGGAAGCAAUCACAAACGCUCUCCUUUGAUCACUUCGUUUCAGAUCGUGUCUUUGGUUUUUGCAAAUUUUUUAAAUUACUAAGACAACACGAAAAGGCCAC